AUGAGCUCAGUAACGAACGAUCACUUGCGAUCCAACUUGCACAGAGAGUUCGUCGAAUCAGGAAAGCGUGAACAACUGGUAGACCUUUUGCGCGCGAAGCUGAUCGAGUCUGGAUGGCGGGAUGAUUUGAAGGUGUACACAAGAGAGAAAAUCCAAUCCAGGGAGAACACCAUGACCGUCGACGAGAUUAUCAAGGAAGUCAGUCCACAUGCUCGAGCUACCAUUCCAGACAAGGUCAAAAUGGAGCUCCUAACUCAGAUCAGCGCGUUUAUCGAGGACACCUUGUGA